UGUAAGAUUAUUCAUUCAUACAAUAAUAAGAAACCCUAAACUUGGUUCACAACAUCUUUGCAGAUCACAAUGGGUGACAAUCAACACGACGACAAGAGCAUUGAGAUUUGGAAGAUGAAGAAGCUGAUCAAGUCCCUUGAAGCUGCUAAGGGUAACGGAACCAGCAUGAUCUCACUCAUCAUGCCUCCACGUGAUCAUAUCUCUCGUGUCACCAAGCUGUUGUGCGGUGAGUACGGAACCGCGUCAAACAUCAAGAGCAGAGUCAACCGCCUUUCUGUCUUGGGAGCCAUUACUUCCGCACAGCAAAGGCUGAAGCUUUACAACAGGGUCCCUCCCAAUGGUCUAGUCCUCUACACCGGCACCGUGGUCAACGACCAAGGCAAGGAGAAGAAGGUUACUAUUGACUUUGAGCCUUUCAGGCCCAUCAACAACACUCUUUACCUAUGUGACAACAAGUUCCACACCGAAGCUCUUAAUGAACUGCUGGAGUCGGAUGACACGUUUGGUUUCAUUGUAAUGGAUGGGAAGGGGACUCUCUUUGGAACUUUGACUGGUAGCACCAGUGACGUGCUUCACAAGUAUACCGUCGAUUUACCAAAGAGUCACGGAAGAGGAGGGCAAUCAGCUCUUAGGUUUGAACGUCUGGGUAGCGAGAAACGCCAAAACUACCUGAGGAAAACAGCUGAGCUCGCCACGCAGUACUUCAUCAACGCUUCAACAAACCAGGCUAAUGUCUCUGGUCUGGUACUUGCUGGUUCAGCUGAGUUCAAGACCAAGCUAAGCCAGUCAGGUAUGUUUGAUCCCCGGCUUAAAGCUAAGAUACUUAACGUGGUGGAGGUUCAGCACGGGGGAGAGAGAGGUUUCAAUGAGGCUAUCAAGAAGUCAUCUGAAGUUCUUGCGAAUGUGAAGUUCGCUCAAGAGAAGCUUUUGAUAGGAAAGUACUUUAAUGAGGUGAACCAGGGCACGGGGAAGUAUGCGGUUGGCGUGGAGAACACGUUAAGCGCUUUGGACGCUGGUGCUGUUGAGACGCUGAUCGUAUGGGAGAAUCUUGACAUCAACAGAUACGUGUUGAAGAACAAAGUGACUGGCGAGACUGUGAUAAAGCAUCUUAACAAGGAAGGUGAAGUCAGUAGUGAUUUUGACGUGGAGGACAAGGUGUUGAUGCUAGAGUGGCUGGCUAACGAGUACAAAGGUUUUGGUUGUGCGUUAGUGUUUGUAACCAACAAGUCGCAGGAAGGGGAUCGGUUUUGCAAAGGGCUUGGAGGAAUUGGAGGGAUACUUCGUUACCAGCUUGAUGUGGCUGUCUUUGAUGAAGCAGAGUAUUUGGAUGUUAGUGAUGAUGAUGAGUCUGAGUCUGAGUCUGAGUAGCAAUCAAAAGAAUCCCCACCUUCUCUGGUUCAGGAAGAUGUCACACCACCAAGAUUGAACCAGCCUGCGCGGGCUAGCGGGGUCACGCAGAAGAUAACUCGAAAUUAAAUGAAGCAUCUUUUUACCACAGUGAAGAAUGAAAGAGUUGGAGAAUGAAGAAGUCUUGAUAUGGUUGUGUUAGCCUUGGUCAUGUCGUGUGUCUGCGACAUCUAUAGAGCUUUUUUGGUUUUUUUUUUUAAUCUCAGCAUUAUAAUAACAUUCUCUCUUUGUGAGAUUGGUAGCUUUUUUUUCCCCUAAAUAUACUCUCUUGUGUGUGAGAGAAACUCUUAUUGA